GGAGGAGGGAUGCUACGCAUUCCGGCAGCAUCAGUACCAGCUUGGUUGACUGUGGGGUGGAAAAUUAAAGCGAAGGGAUAUACGACAACCGAAAUUUAAAUAUUUAGACACCGUUACCAAGGACUGGCGACAUGGGAGAUCAGAAGGAAUCUCUGAGGAAGAUCACGACCACACUUGCUCUGAAAAAUGAAGAGAUCCAGAAUUUCAUCUGCUGCCUGAAGCAGAGCCUGCAAAAUCUGGAGGCCAACUCUAACCGGGUUCAGGAGGACCUGGAGGCGGAGUUCAGCUCCCUGUACUCAGUGCUGGAUGAGAUUAAGGAGGGAAUGGUGACCCGCAUCAAGCAAGAGAGAGCCAGCCGCACGUACGAGCUUCAGAAUCAGCUGAGUGCUUGUGCCAAAGCCCUGGAGGGCUCAGAGGAGCUGCUGGAGUUGGCCAAUCAGACUCUCUGCUCCUCCGAGACAGACGGCUUCAACCAGGCGGCCAAAGACAUAAAGGAUAGUGUCACAAUGGCUCCAGCGUUCCGUUUGUCCCUCAAAGCCAAGGCCAGUGAUAACAUGAGUCAUCUGAUGGUGGACUUCACGCAGGAGAGGGAAAUGCUGCAGGCAAUCAAGUUCCUUCCAGUACCUGCCACUCCUGAGAUCCAGGUGGAAGACUGUCAGGUGUGUGACAACACUGUAACAGUGGUGUGGUCCCUCCCUGAGCCCGACUCAAAAAUUGACCACUAUGUCUUGGAACAUCGCCGCACCAACCACGAGGGGCCACCACGUGCCCGUGAAGAGUACCCCUGGAUGGUAGUAGAGGGCAUCCGAGAGACCGAGCACACUCUCACAGGGCUUCGCUUUGACACGCGCUUUAUGACAUUUCGUGUGAAGGCAUGCAACAAGGCUGUGGCAGGAGAGUUUUCAGAGCCUGUAACCCUGGAAACACACGCCUUCGUGUUCAAACUAGAUGCGGGCUCUGCCCAUCAGAACCUGCGUGUGGAAGACCUCAGUGUGGAGUGGGACAGCAGUGGCGGGAAGGUCCAGGAGAUCCGCAAGGACAAGAACAGAACCAACUCACCCAUGCACUCCCCUGCAAGGAGUGCGAUGAUGUCCCCAAAGAGAGCACCCUCAGCUCGGGUGGGGCGUGACCGAUUCACGGCCGAGUCCUACACGGUGCUGGGAGACACGAUGAUUGAUUCAGGACAGCAGUACUGGGAGGUGAAAUUCGACAAAGAGAGCAAGGCCUUCGCUGCGGGCGUUGCCCUCCGCACGCUAGGCCGAUUUGACCAGCUGGGCAAGAGCAGCGCCUCUUGGUGCCUCCAUCUCAAUAACUGGCUGCAGCAGAGCUUCACUGCCAAGCACAACAACAAGGCCCGCACGCUGGACUGCCCCAUCCCCGACCGCAUCGGAGUCUACUGCAACUACGAGGAGGGAAUACUGUCCUUUUACAAUGGCAAGACCAAGCAGCUGAUCCACACCUUUCGAACCAAGUUCCCACAGCCUGUCAUACCUGCCUUCAUGGUGUGGAAUGGUAGUUUCUCUGUGCUGACAGGGCUACAGGUACCCAGUGUGGUGCAGUGUGGUCAGAGGAGGAGCAGCGCCACCAGCAGCUCCAAUGCGAGCCUUACAUAGACCUGGGCCGUGGCAAGAACUGCAGCAGAACCUCACCCUGCCCGGGCCUGGCGCUGUCAGGAGCACUCUUUGACCGAGCACAGCCCAGUCCAGGUCCAGCAACUCCAAAACAUCACCCAGAGCAGAACCUUCGCAAGCUGCAGCUGCCAUUGUUACCAUGUCUGGCAGCCUUAGGGAGACUCGUAGUCUGCUCCAUUUCAUUUUGCUGACUUACUGUGCCUUUCAACACUCGGAGUCAAAAAAGUUGUGCACUCAUAAAAAAGAGGCCGAACACAAAUAACUUACUUUAAUAAAAAAAUGCAAGAGCAACAUGGUCCACAUUAACAUGUCAAUAUUUUAACAUUUCAAUGCUACUGUAAUACAGCUUUGUUGUUGUUAUUCAAACUUGGUAUUUUUGGAAUCAGAAACCUCUAUAUUAGCAUGCUGAUCACACACGGACACACAUACUGUCCCACACAUGCGCGCGCACACGCACACGCACACACACACACACACACACACACAGCAGCACAAUGACAUACAAGUUGUCACUAAAUUUUCAUCAGUGUAUUGCUUCAUACUGAAUG